CAAAUGGUUCACGCAGCCAAAGAUUCUUCAAGUUCCGUAACAGUAACACCUCGAAAUAAAAACCUCUCAUUUCCCAAAUUGUCCCCACAAGUUCCUCAAUUCAUUGACAACUAGUUUAACUUCAAUUUCUUUUGGUCACUUGUUUUAAAAUAGGAUAGUAUAAUCAGUUGUCGUUUUCGAGUGUUUUGGUUGUCGUUUGGGAUUGAGAAAAGUCGCAAAACACAAAAAACAGUUACAUUGUUGUUGUUGAUACUGAUACUGAAUAAUACGACAUCGUUUCUUUGGAAUUGGAUUAUGAUAAUGCUGAUGAUGACGAGGAUUGAUUACUCAACUCUCUUCUUCUCCUUCUUCUUCUUCGGUGUAAUCUCUUAUGAAAAUCACGAGGGAAAAGCCUUGGAUUAAUUAAUUUAAAUUAAUCAUCAUCACUUUUCCUUUAUUAAUUAAUUAAACUUUUUUUUUCUUUUCGAGUUUAAAACAACCCCUCCAAAAAAAAAAAAAACAUUGGAAGAACAAAAGAGAAGAACAUGUACAAGAAAAAACAGCUUGUUGUUGGACUUGGACAUGAUCAUGAAGACGAAGCAGACUGCAGCGGUUAUGUCGAAACCGAUCCCACUGGUCGGUACGGUCGGAUUGAAGAAGUUCUUGGGAAAGGAGCAAUGAAAACAGUGUACAAAGCAAUAGAUGAGAAGCUGGGAAUGGAGGUGGCAUGGAGCCAAGUCAAACUGAAUGAAGUCCUUAGAUCACCAGAUGAUUUACAGAGACUUUAUUCUGAGGUUCAUCUACUCAGCACACUCAAUCAUGACUCCAUCAUUCGAUUCUACACCUCUUGGAUCGAUGUUGAUAAUAGAACUUUCAACUUCAUCACAGAAAUGUUCACUUCUGGGACCUUAAGAGAAUACAGAAGAAAAUACAAGAGGCUUGAUAUCAAGGCCAUUAAGAAUUGGGCUAGACAGAUUCUAAAGGGUCUUGUUUACCUUCAUGGCCAUGACCCUCCUGUUAUUCAUAGAGAUCUUAAGUGUGACAAUAUUUUUGUAAAUGGUCAUCUUGGACAGGUCAAGAUUGGUGAUCUGGGUCUUGCUGCAGUUCUUCGUGGCUCUCAAUCAGCACACAGUGUUAUAGGCACUCCAGAGUUCAUGGCACCAGAAUUGUAUGAGGAAGAUUACAAUGAGCUAGUUGAUGUUUACUCAUUUGGGAUGUGUGUUUUGGAGAUGUUUACUUCUGAAUACCCUUACAGUGAAUGUUCCAAUCCAGCUCAAAUUUACAAGAAAGUGACCUCGGGGAAACUGCCAGCAGCAUUUUACAAGAUUCAAGAUUUUGAAGCUCAACAUUUCAUUGGGAAAUGCUUAGUCACUGCUUCAAAGAGAUUAUCAGCAAAAGAACUCUUGCUUGAUCCUUUUCUGGCCUGCAAUGAUGAAAAUGAUAUCGAAUUGCAAAAAGGAAGAAAUCAGAAACCAUUUCUGAAUGACAAAGAAAUGAGAAAAUUAAGACUGAGUGAUCCUUUACCCCGGACUGAGAUGAAAAUCACAGGGAAGCUCAAUCCUGAAGAUGAUACCAUCUUUCUCAAAGUUCAGUUUAAUGAUAAAGAUGGUCCUCCUAGGAACAUAUUUUUCCCCUUUGACAUUGUUAGUGACACUCCACUAGAUGUUGCCACAGAGAUGGUAAAAGAAUUGGAGAUAACUGAUUGGGAACCAUUUGAAAUAGCAAAAAUGAUUCAAGAGGAGAUAUCUUCUCUACUUCCACAUUGGCAAGAAGAAACAUAUGAUACUAUUAAUUAUCAAGAUAAUGAUGAUCAUGAUGGUACUCAUCAUCCUUUCUACUCUUUCUCAUCAUGUUCAUCAUCUCAGGCAUCUAUAUCAGGCAUGAUUACCUCUAAUGGGAUUGAUCAAAUGGCGAAUCGAGGCGAUUGGCUUCAAGAUGAUUUGUAUGAUGAUACCAGCUCUGUGAGUUCUUCACACUCAGGAACUUAUUCCAACUUGAAUUAUCUCUCUGGAGAUGAGAAAGAAACCAAUACAAGCCCCACAAUAGGAGACAAACUUCCCAACAAUACAAAGAGUCACAACUACUCCACAAGAUUUUGUCCUGAAGAAAACCAUAAGAAAAGUCAAUCUACAGCUCAGAAGUACAAUGAGCAACUCAAAGCAUUACUAUCAACCACUACUUCAAAGGAAAAGCAAAAAAUGGUUGCUAUGGACAACCUUAAACUGAUGAGGAACAAAUCAUUAGUUGACAUACGCAGUCAAUUACUACACCGGUCUCUGGUAGAGGAAGUUUACAAGAGACGGCUGUUUAAUACAAUUGGAGCUGUCGAAAACAUCGGUUUUCAGUCACCUUAUGAUGUUUCAAAACCAUCAUCAGGUGGUGCUGGUUCUCAUAACCAUAAAAGAAGUUCAAAAAAUGUAAAGGGUCAACAACCAAGUAGAAGAGUUUGAGAUCUUUCUCAUCAUUGAAGUCAAAUUAUUGAGUUGCUUUAAAGGAGAGAAGAAGAGAUAUCAUCUCCUCUCCUUAGUGAAGAUUCAAGGAAAUUACUUCUCCAAUUUAUGGUUAGAUCGAUCUUCACAACAUAUUAUACAGGAGUUUUGGCAUGAUUUUUAUUGUAAAUAUGUUUUGUGUAAAUUAAGUUGCAUUGCAAUGUGAGAAGAGAACCAAAUAACUUGAGGUUCUUAAAUUUGUGGCGAUGUCUUUCUCUUGUUGUGUUCACUAUUGAAGAAAACUAAAAAAGGUGUAAUAUUAUAUCUUUAAUAAUAGCCUUCCCUUGAAAAAAAAUAAGAAAUGCUUCA